AUGUUACUUUUGAUGAUAUUAAACCUCGAUUGCUCGGUGAGUUCUUUCAGUCGUUGUGGCCUUGCUUUGGGCUAUCUGCUUAUAUAUCCCAAUUGCCUAGGACACUGGGGAACAUGCCCCGGAUUGAUCUUGGUUUAUUCUCAUUUGAACUACCUCAUCAAAACCAUGGAUCUCGACAUGCUAUUAGUUGUCGGUCCAGGCCACGGCGCGCCGGCCAUCCUGGCUGCGCUUUGGCUCGAGGGCUCGCUGGAGAAAUUCUAUCCACAUUACUCGCGAGACAGCGCUGGUCUUCACCGGCUGAUUUCAACUUUCAGCACCACUGCUGGACUACCAAGGUGUGGAGAGCUGGGCUAUGCCCUAGCCGUGUCUUUUGGCGCCGCAAUGGAUAACCCUGAUCUAAUUGUCCCCUGUAUUGUUGGUGACGGCGAAGCCGAAACUGGACCGACUGCCACGUCCUGGCAUGCCAUCAAGUACCUUGAUCCCAAAGAAUCUGGUGCUGUCCUGCCGAUUCUGCAUGUAAAUGGCUUUAAAAUCAGCGAGCGCACGAUAUUCGGUUGCAUGGACAACAAAGAACUGUUAGCCCUCUUCAGUGGAUACGGGUACCAAGUUCGCAUUGUGGAGAAUCUCAAUGAUAUCGACACUGACCUCCACUGUUCAAUGGUCUGGGCUGUGGAGGAGAUCCGCAAGAUUCAAAAAGCAGCACGUUCUGGGAAGCCAAUUCUUAAGCCGAGAUGGCCGAUGCUAAUUUUGCGGACUCCGAAGGGAUGGUCUGGACCCAAGCAGCUUCAUGGACAGUUCAUCGAGGGCUCUUUUCACUCCCACCAGGUCCCCCUGCCCAAGGCUAAGACCGACAAGGAGGAGCUAGGCUUGUUGAAUAAAUGGUUGUCCGACUACAAGCCAGCGGAGCUGUUCACAGAGAAAGGCGACAUCAUCGACGAAAUCAAAUCGGUGAUCCCUACAGAGAACGACAAGAAACUUGGUCAGCGCGCCGAAAGUUACAGAAAUUAUAUUGCGCCCAACCUUCCAGACUGGAAGAAAUUUGCCGUGCAAAAGGGCACCGCCCAGAGCGCGAUGAAGGUGGUUGGAAGACUGAUCGACAAGGUCUUCGUAGAGAACCCGCAUAGCGUGCGGCUGUUCUCCCCUGACGAGCUGGAGAGCAACAAGCUCGACACCGUGUUUGAAAACACCACUCGUAACUUCCAGUGGGAUGAGUUUGCCAACGCGCGUGGUGGCCGUGUCAUUGAAGUCCUCAGCGAGCAUAUGUGCCAGGGCUUCCUGCAAGGAUAUACCCUCACUGGCCGCGUGGGCAUAUUCCCGUCGUACGAGAGUUUCUUGGGGAUUAUCCACACGAUGAUGGUGCAGUAUUCCAAGUUCAUCAAGAUGGCGCGAGAAACGAACUGGCACUCGGAUGUUAGCAGCAUCAACUACAUCGAGACCAGCACCUGGACCCGCCAGGAGCAUAACGGGUUCUCUCAUCAGAACCCAUCCUUCAUCGGUUCGGUGCUGAAGCUCAAACCCACGGCGGCACGCGUCUAUCUGCCACCAGAUGCGAACACCUUCGUGACAACGCUGCACCACUGCUUGAAGUCGAAGAACUACGUCAAUCUGAUGGUAGGCUCGAAGCAGCCAACCCCGGUCUACCUGUCAGCCGACGAAGCAGAGAACCAUUGCCGGGCUGGAGCAUCGACCUGGAAGUUCUGCAGCACCGAUGAAGGACUGGACCCGGACGUGGUAUUGGUGGGCAUUGGCGUUGAGGUGAUGUUCGAGGUGAUUGAAGCCGCCGCGAUUCUGCGAAAGCGGGCGCCGGAGCUGCGCGUGCGUGUGGUCAAUGUCACGGACUUGAUGAUCCUCGAGAACGAGGGCUUGCACCCGCACGCUCUCUCACUGUCCGCCUUUGACAACCUCUUCACGGACGAUAAACCCAUCCACUUCAACUACCAUGGCUACCCGACCGAGCUGCAGGGCUUGCUCUUUGGUCGCCCGCGACUCGACCGCAUCUCAAUUGCUGGCUAUAUCGAGGAGGGCAGCACCACUACCCCUUUCGACAUGAUGCUCGUGAACCGUACCUCACGCUUUCAUGUUGCCCAGAUGGCUUUGGAUGGUGCUGCUAAGCGCAACGAGAAAGUGCGCAUCCGUCAGCAAGAGCUGCAUACCGAGUUGGGGCAUAAUAUCGUCGAGACGAGGAAGUAUAUCCUCGCGAACCACAAAGAUCCCGAUGACAUGUACGACAUGCCCAAGUUUACGUAA